GUGUCUAAGAGUAAAUCCGAAGGGCUUGGAUGAGGAGAGCAAAGAUUACUUGUCACUAUAUCUGCUAUUAGUGUCAUGUAACAAAAGCGAAGUGCGAGCAAAAUUCAAAUUCUCAAUCCUGAACAGUAAACGGGAGGAAACGAAAGCAAUGGAGAGUCAGAGAGCCUACAGAUUCGUACAGGGCAAGGAUUGGGGAUUCAAGAAAUUCAUACGACGAGACUUCCUACUAGAUGAAGCCAAUGGCCUGCUUCCGGACGAUCGCCUGACGUUAUUCUGUGAGGUGAGUGUGCAGCGGCAGCCUCAUGCUUACAGAAACUAUGCACUAGAGAGGUUGAAAAUCAUGUGUGAGGAAGCUCUCUGCUCAAACCUGAACACAGACAAUGUAGCUGACAUCCUCAUCCUCGCAGAUCUACACAGCGCUGAUCAGCUGAAAGGCCAGUGUAUCGACUUUGUCAACAGCCACGCGACGGACGUCAUAGAAACUCACGGGUGGAAGCAGAUGAUCCAAUCGCAUCCUCACCUCAUCGCGGAGGUGUUUCGUGCGCUAGCCAGCCAGCAGUUGCCUCCGCUCGGCCCGCCGCGCAAGCGCCUCAAGUACUCCUAACCCUGUGCACAGUCGCUCGCCGGCACUGUUCGACAAUUUCUCGCUUCCACAUGAGUGUGCACCAGUUUUCGUUCGUGAUUUCCCCCCUCCAGUGACGCCGCCGCCGCUGCCGGGCCGCGGCCACCUGGCGAGUGGAUGCGGCGGCUCGCAUCGUCGUUGCCACGGCGCCCGUCGCGCGUUGCAGGCAGGCGGAGGUGUGCACCUGCAGUCCAUCGAGAAAGAGCGUCGGCUGACACCCUGAAUCUGAGCGAAAAAAAAGCAUUUGAAAUGAAAUGGCCUAAGACUCGUCCAAAGUGCGGAAGAAUAGAAGCAGCAGCAGCAGCGCAUCCGUUCGCGACCAGUAACGCAAGUUGUCACGCUGCAGCACGAGCGGAGACCGUGUCCCCACGGCGUCACGCACACACCUCAGCAUCGCUGCCACCCUCUCCCGCCACCCACCCACCUCACCCCGCGGUGUACCAACAUCAAGUAACAUCGCAGUGCAAGAGAUUGUACUCAUGCCGGCUCAUCCCAUCUGGAGGUUUCCUAACGUUCCUGUGGAAGGAUUGCUGACCAAUCAAUGGCUUCCCUGUCCGGAGCUUUCCCUGCGUCCCAGAGGAACUGGAUGCCGCCGGGGCAAUCGCGCAACACCACGGUUGUUUGUCGCGUUGCGUUGCAUCGUUUCUCGAUCAAGACCCGCUCGGUUUCUCGACUGAGGAGAAGGAAGAGAGGAGGCUGUGAUGCUGAUGCGAGUGUGGCUUCAGGAUUCUUCUGUGUGCAGCAGCAGCAGCUGAUGAUGAUGAUGAUGAUGAUGAUGGGAGGUGGAGAGGCUGAUGGGUUGGGCAGGAACCUGCAGUGCUUUCAUUGACUCUUCACACCAAAUGAUGAAAAAUAAUGGCGAUAUUUUGUGUAUUUAUGAUGUUGUGUAUAUUCCCCCCCCCAAGCGUUCCCAUGACAUCACCUGCAUCUUGCUGUCAUGGCAACAAGAGUAAUCGUGCAGCGUCUGUUGAAGGUUGGCAAACAGUAAACUGUAUUUUAACUGGACAGGAGUAUCGAGUUCGAAAACAGAUACAACAAAUACACGAAUUUCGGCAUAGAAAAUAAAUUAUUACGAGAAUUGUGAGAUUUUCAGUACUUUCUCUUGCAUCUGUCUCCGGACAUCGCGGUGAAAGUCUUUAUUUUGCAGGGAGAUUGGAAAACCAAGUCAUGUCAGUGUUGACUAAACCCUGUUUUCAGCCUCUUCAGUAGUGCAGCAUGUGAACUCUGCACAUAUUAUUGCACCGCUGGGUGUGUGAAGUGGUGUGGUGCGCACACGCAUAGCAUUGAGCUCACGGUGGCUUUGCCACAGUACCAACAUCAACAGACGUGAUGCAACUUUGUCUCUCUGUCUUUGUUUGAAUUCUGAGAAUGUAAAUAUUUCAGUUGUUUUGCCGUCGAGAGUUCGAAGGCAGUGUCCAUAACGUGUAGGACUGAUGAAAGAGUCUGUGUAAGCUAUAUCAAUGUACUCCCAUCCUAUAAUGUAGAUCUCAUGUCACCCAUGCAUUGUUGCAAGACUCUGUUAGCACUAGUUAGUAAUAAUUUAUAGUUAAGUGGCGUUCAUUGUGCAGUGCACCUUCAGCAUUCGUAUGCCAUUUUCAGCGAUGGCCACUGAUGUCCAUUUUGUGCCAGAGGGUCAUUUGCUACAAAGAGCGUGAGAGAGAAUGUCCACAUUUCCCUUCAAUGUCUUUGAAUUGUAUUGAUCCUGCAUGGAAGUGCAUUUGUAAAGUGCAGUGUGUGAUUUUUUAAAGAAAGUUAGUGCCCGCAAUAGGCAACAGAUGGCAGCACUGAUGUACUAUAUAAUUCUUCGUAAGUAUAAAUGAUGCUAAACUGACAGGAUACGCGUACAUAUUAUUUAUUCUGGUGCUGAUCGACUGUUAAAUAUUGUGGACUGGUUGACGGUGCUGCCAUCUUUUGAGCAGUGAUACGAAGAGCAGGAAUUUCGAUAGAUACCAUGACACGCAGAUCGCUAGGUCUGCUGCAGAGUCCGCCGAGGUAACACAAUGUAUGGAGUAAUAUUGAGAAAUUGGCGUCUAUGACUAAUGUACGGAGUGGGAUUAUUACUUGUCGCUAUGGUGAUGAAUCGAGACGAAAGCUACGUGCGUAACUGGUGUUAUAAGUUGUUCAAGUAAUGCAUUUGGAAGUAAUGAGUUGUACGGUUUUUCUUUUUGAACAAUUUCUGUGAUCACAUUGUCGGGUGUUGUCGUAACGUCUCGCAUGGUUAGCAUUCGCCAUUGUUGUGUAAAAGAAAUGUUUUUCUCAGUGCAAAUGGGAUUCCCAAUCUGUGCACCCUGGGAUUUUUGUGGACUGGGUACAAAACAAGUCGUCAUCUACCUAACUUCUCGAGUCAACCCAGAUAAGGUUGGACGUACCCCAACUGACCCGACUGGGAUUAUUCGCUACCCUUGCCCAGCUUAAUCCUGUAACAUUAAUUAUUACUUGGCUCUAUGAAACACGGUUUGGACAUUUAUUGUCAACGUCAUUCCGCAGUUGUUGGCAUUACGUGUUUCCACAUAUUGAAGCAUCAGUCAAAGUUCUUUGGUAGCGAGUGAAGGCGUGUAGCUAAAGCUUAUUAAUUAUCUGAAUUCGAGACGUUUAACGAAUCAUUGGCAUCAGCAGACAACAUUCUUUACCGUGGUUAAAUGUCAGGUACAGAUCCUUGCAUAGCAUGGAGCAUGUCUCUAUUUCCUCCAACUUUCUUUACAAAGCUGCAUCACUUCUUGCAACAUCCGAUGAAGCAUGGCACAAUUGAGAAAGAUUUCUGCACGACAUAUUAAACCAUAUUUUAUGCGCUGCAAACUGACCAUGCUCGGGGGCUCGUAUAUGGCAUGCCACGUCCCUCCAUGUGGAUAGUAGGCCUCGCGUGUGAAUACACUCACUAGAUCUAAAUUGCUCCUUCCUCGUAAUCGACAUCUAGCCUGCCGAUCAUUUCUAAACUGAACUAUCCGCCUGAACCGAUUGUCACGUAGCGUUAUCCUUUCAGCGUUGUGUGACGGUGGCAUUCUAAAAACACUGCUGAGAAUAAAAAACGGUGCCACGAUGCCGAUAAUUUUGAAUGCACGCGUGAAAACGUGUGUAAGCCGGUCUAUCUUGACCGACCCAACAACAAUAUCCCCGGGAGAAGGCGAGGAGCAUGGUCAUCCUCAGCUGCGUAGGUCAGUUCUGCACAUAUUGGGAACGCCCGUUGUAUUGCUACACGAACCGUGUAGUGGUGACACGGAAGUUAGCCAGCGAGAAUUUUUGGUGGGUAUCUAUAGGGAUGACUGCUCUCCGAGACAGAGUCAUGUACAUUUAUGUCUGUGUGUGGGUUAGUUUACCUGUGGGGGGACUAGCCGAAUGCUGGAAGGCUGGUCGCUCGUUCCGUCGUUUUAGAUAGCGAUAAUUUGUGAAAUCGGCCAGUAUCGACGUCCUAUGUAGCUGUAAAUUUUUCAUUUAAAAACAUGUUGAAAUGUGUUUAUUAAACUUGUAUCUCAUAAAGUGAAAAACAAUAACAA